CAUACAUUAACUCUUCCAAAACAAUUGUAUUGAGCUCAUUAUUAUAAAAUCCAUUAUAUUUUGUAUUCCUAAUUCUUAUAUAUUCCCAUCAUAAAUCCUCAAAGUAUUAUUUAGCUAAAAUAAUAAUCAUCUUCUUUUUUCUUCCCGCCUUGAUUCUUGUACGUAGCCCAUUAUCUUCCAUUUAUUCAAUUGAUUAUUUGAAUUAGCACAAAAAUUGCUAAAACAAUUUGGCGCCCACCGUGGGGCCUCGUGCAAGAGAAAGAUCGAUCAUGGCUGGAACAAAUCAAUGGUUGAUUGAAUUUCAUAAACAGCUAGAAACGGCAAAAGAGGAAAUCCGACGUGAGAUGGCGGAACAAACGGCCCACAUUCAACGGGAGAAUGACGUUCUUCUUUCACAAGUGCAGUCAGUGGUGUCGAUAGCUUCAAACUCCAUGAUUAACCGGAGGAGAGACACCAAGACUAUCGCCACGAAACUGGAUCUUGGUUUCACCCCGGCGGUGACGGAUCCACCUGCAACGAUGACGGAUCACAUCUCCCUCACACUAGGCCUAUCGCCAACCGGAGAACUUCAAUCAACGGUCAUCUCACAGCUCAUCCCCUAUACACCUCUCGUUCCUGAGACAACUCCCGCUCCCAGCAUACCAACUUGUUUCUUUCCGGAGUCCCUUCCUCCCGAAUCAAGAACGACAGACUUACACUCAACCACUCAAAGCAUACAGAUGGUUUCCGCCAUGUCAGCCCCGACGGAGCCCUCAGUACCUCACUACAUAAGCAGAAAUCAUGGAGAGCCCGGUCCGUCCAGUUUCGUGCAGAACCGCAGACGGAAUAUUUCUGACGACCUGCUACCUGAGGUUCAGACACAACGACCGCGUACACCAGUCACUUUGACGGAUCAAAAUUGUGGGGGGCGAUGUCUAGAAAUCAUAUUCAUUCCUUCACCAACCUGUCCCGAAGCGACUCAGAUGGCAGGACCAACGGUUCCAAUAGGAGGACUACUUCAACCAGGUAUGGCGGACACAGUCUAUGAUGAUGGACCAGCUACGACAAAUGCAGGAGAGAAUUAAUGCAAUUCCUGGAGUUCCCCCUCCACUUGACAUAGCGUCUCAAACGUGUUAUGAAGACUCACCUUUUGACGGUUCGAUCAUUCGUGUCGAACUGCCAAAUAAAUUUGACGUACCAACCAUGGAGCCAUUUGAUGGAACCACGGAUCCGGGAGAACAUGUUGCACGAUAUAAGUAAGUGAUAUCGACAGUCUCUGUUAGAACUGAACAGAAAGAGGCAUGUAAGUGUCGUGGAUUCAGCAUGACAUUGACCGGUCCAACUUUGACAUGGUUCGUCAAUCUUCCGAAUGGGAGCGGCGGUUCUGAUGGACAGUGUACCCGGGGGUAGCUUAUCUGAGGGGUUAUUGCGGAGAAUAACUAGAGAGAAGUCAG